AGAAACAAAUCUAAAAAUCAAGCAAGCUACAAGCGAUACAUCACACUUAACUAUUCCAUUAGAAACUAGUCAUUUGACUGGAUAUGUUAAAUCUAAAAACCCAAUGAUAGCUUAUACACAUACUCGUGAUGUAUACUCCAAAUGGUCAAAAACAAGUUCCUUUGGACCCAACGCAAUUAUUCUUAGG